GAAUCAGAUCUUCCAGGAAGACAUAAAAAUUAAGGAAAAAGAAAAGGUCCCGUCGUAAUUUGCUGGUUUUGCUCUGUGUGUGGCUCGGUCGCUCAAUUUGUAAUUUGCAAUCCUCGGAAGUUCCAUGGCCAAACCAAAGGCUCCCAGACGAACCCUCGACUCCUACACCGUCAAACACAUCAACAAAACCGUCCGAGCCGGGGACUGCGUGCUCAUGAGGCCGUCGGAUCAGGCGAAGCCGUCCUACGUGGCGAAGAUCGAGCGGAUCGAGGCGGACGGGCGCGGGGCAAACGUGAAGGUCUACGUGCGAUGGUACUACCGGCCGGAGGAGUCGAUCGGCGGCCGGCGGCAGUUCCACGGCUCCAAGGAGGUCUUCCUCUCCGACCACUUCGACCUGCAGAGCGCCGACACCAUCGAGGGCAAGUGUACGGUCCACAGCUUCAAGAGCUACACCAAGCUCGACGCCGUCGGCAACGACGACUUCUUCUGCCGUUUCGAGUACAACUCCUCCACCGGCUCUUUCAAUCCCGAUCGUGUCGCCGUGUAUUGCAAGUGUGAGAUGCCUUACAACCCUGAUGACCUAAUGGUUCAGUGUGAAGGCUGCAGUGAUUGGUUUCAUCCUAAUUGUAUAAACAUGACUGUGGAGGAAGCUAAAAGACUUGAUCAUUUCUUCUGCGAAAAUUGUUCCUCUGAAAGUCAGAAGAAAUUGCAGAAUUCUCAUAAUGCUUCCAGACACCCGGAUACAAAGGUGGAUACAAAACGACGUCGGAGGUGACGUAUAUAAACAUAUUGUAGAUGUAUAAUGGAGGAACUGGAGGUUCUUUCUCUUCUAAUCUUGGACCGGCUUCAAGCAAACACGGAGGCCCUAUCCGAUGCUCUGAAGUAUUUGUGAGUUGGGGGGAGUGAAAAUGUUCUGAAAACCUUUGUAAUGUUUUCUUAGAAGGUUGAGGAUGUGUUUGGUUGUCUGUGAUCAUGUAACAUAAUCUCUCUCUCUGCUCCAGUUUCUUGUUCUUGAAUUAGGAACGUGUAUACUAGCCCAAAAAAAAAAAAAAAAAAUGGAACGUGUAUAGUCGGGAGUAUUCUCAACUUAAAAGCAAUAGAUGCAGGCUUUUUCAUGUAUCUACUGUGGUGUAUAUUGUCUUGGACCUUGCUAGUGGCACGUACAAAUGUAUGAAAUGGUGAUUAAUUUAGAACUUUUUUUUGGUC